UUACUUUGAAAAAUUUCAAACGACAGCGCUGCUUCAAAUUGUAGAGUAAGUUUUGUUCACAUAUCAUAUAUUUUGCUGCUGGCAAUGCUGCUUAUUGUUCUUUUCUUUCUUUGCCCGUUCGCUUUUUCUGUCAUUGCUGUUUCCCUUUAUUAUUAUUUUAUAUUUUUGCCGCUGCUUCACCGCCUUUGGUUUGCAGCCGUUGGUUUUCCAUACGAUUUUCGCUUGCAGCAUUUUCAAUUGUAUAGUGCAAGUGGAAAAAAUCAGACAUUGCAAAGCCAAUUGGUUAAGAAAUAAGCGGACAUUUGAGUUUUCCCGUUGACGCCGUUGUAGUUGCUUUACCUUUGUGCAUCGUUUUUCACGCUUUGAUUUUUCACUUCAGUCGAUUUCCAAACAUUUUUAUACAUUUAUAAAAAUUGAAGUAAGUGAAGUGUUUUAUAAAUAUAUACAAACGAAAUAAAUAAAUUGUAAAAUAAAGAUACACAAUUUAUUAACAAAAAUUCUUAAUAAAAAAAAAAUACUAAUCAAAUUUGAUGUGUUUUCAAUGGUCGUAAAAGUGAAAAUUUCAAAAAUUGUGCAUAUAUCGCGUGUGUAUAAAUACAUAAAUACAUACAAAUUUGGAAAUGUGUUGAUAUUGUGAGGCAAGCAAGAAACGCUGCAUAAUUGUUGAAAGAAAUCUUGUGAUAGAUAUUCUGAAUAUUUUCUGUGGCAAAUAGAAAGUCUGGCUAAGCAAGAAAAUAGCAAUAACGAUAAAAUUAGUGACAAAUUGCAUACGGGGACUGUGUGGUACUCACUUAUGACGGCGUUGGCACUGUUGGCGAUGUCGCUUUGAAAUGCCACUAUACAUACAAAAUAUAUAAUAAUAAUUAAAAUUAAAUUAUAAUAAAAAGGGGUGUGAACGCCCAGUUGGUUGGCUGUGAAUUUGUCAGACGCCAGCCGCAAAAUCAAGUAGAUAUUCAUACAAAAGUGGAAGCUCGCCAGGAAGAGAUAUCACUUUACGCCUGAGUGACUUCAUUGUACACGUGAUUGCAUCAGACACAAAGGAGACCCUUUCCCACCCUGCCUAAAGUGUGAAACUCAACGUCGUGUGUAAAACUGUGCGCAUAUAACAACAGCCACCCAUUGCCUACAUUGCGGAGCUUCCGCAUGCAUUUCCCCACACCCCACAUGCCAUGAUGCGUUACUCGGAAAUCUCCAGAGAAUUAUCGACGGAUAGUUUGCGUUACGUUGAACUGGGCGAGGAGUAUAUCUAUAAGAAUUUACGUGAAGAUUCGCCGCGCAGUGACACUCAUUCCAAUGCUAGCAGCGGUUGCAUGGCACCACCAACAUACACCGCCAACCAUCAUCACCAACACCUUAAACAGCAAGAACAGCAACAGUACCAACAACAACAAUUGAAUUCACAACAGGAGCAACAGCCACAGCAUCACCACGCCGACUACACUAAUUCGAUGAGCAAUUGCGGCCAACAACACUCAGCCGGCUUACGCAAUUCCAAACGUUAUUCGUGUGGGCGUAACGGUAGUCAUGAUGGCGCCGCAACCAUUUCCUACAUGCGUCCACGCAAGGAUAGUACACGCUCAACGCAGAGUUGUCAAUUCGAUGCCGAGCAGUUGACGCAAGCAAUCGCCAGCAAGACAAUGCAUGUGAAAAGUAGUCGUCGCAAGAAUUCCAUCGGCUGCCUGAAUUCGUUGUCCUCAUCGCCGGGCUCGCCGGGUUGCUACUACUGUGUUGGCACCGCACCACCGCCCGGCAAAAGUCAAAGUCUGCCCGCACGUUCGUCUAUGAACAAUUUGGAUGCGGUCAUUUUGAAUGCGCUACGCGUGCCGGCUGAUGAGUUGGCCAAUCAGAUUACGCUCUUGGAUUUUCCCAUCUUCGCUGCCAUACAACCGGACGAGCUGACCAGUUGCGCUUGGACGAAGAAGGACAAACACGUCGUCACACCGAAUAUUGUUGCAUUUACGAAACGUUUCAAUCACACCAGCUUUUGGACUGUGCAGGAGAUAUUGAGUGGCGAACAGCCAAAGCAACGUGCCGAAAUACUGACACACUUCAUUAAGGUGUCCAAAAAACUGCACGAACUGAACAAUCUGCAUUCGCUGUUCGCCAUCAUUUCCGCCAUGCAAAGUGCCAGCAUUUUCCGUUUGAAAAAGACUUGGGCUUGCCUCUCCAAAAAGGAUCGGCAAGCAUUUGAACGACUAAGCGAUAUAUUCAGCGAUCAAAAUAAUUGGGAGAAUUUACGUGCCUAUUUGGAGAGUCUACGCCUACCAUGCAUACCCUAUUUGGGUUUAUUCCUGACCGAUCUAAUUUAUAUUGAUUUGGCACAUCCACAUAAGGGUGGACUCGAACCCGAACAGCGCCGCAAUAAAAUGAAUAAUAUUUUGCGCGUCAUUGCCAAUUAUCAACAGUCAGACUACACGCAUAUAAUGCCAAUUGAGGCAACACAAAAGUAUUUGACAUCCAUACGCUAUAUUGAAGAGUUGCAGAACAUCUUCGAAGAGGAUCAAUACAAAAAAUCUCUAAAACUGGAGCCCGCCUCACCGUCCGGUCCGAGUUCAUCGUCUUGCAGCUCAAAGGAAUCUUUCAAUAUAGACGCUAUCACACCGGCACUAGCUUGCUUGAAUCUCUCACCCGCCAAAACGAUCGGUUCCAUGCGCAUCGCCAACAGUAGCGGCACUAAAUUCAUACCCGGCCAUCGCAAAUGUCGCAGCCUGGGCACGAAAUUUCGCAGCACGAGCUUGCCGCGAAAUUUCUAUCACAAAUGCCAGUGCUCCAUUCUGAUGAUCGCACCCGGUAUUGGCACCAUUUCGAAUAAGCGUUGUAGAUGUAGUCGCAUUUUUGGCAAAAUCACACAUUCGCAUAACGACAGCGCCAACUAUGGCAAUCCCACGCUAAUGCUCGGCUACGGUGACGAACACUAUCUGCACGACUACAGUGUGCUCAGCCAUCAGCAAGCGCGCCAUCUACUGGACGAUUCAGUGCUUGAGCAAAGCAGUAAUAUGUUGAGUAGCGGCGAUGCCACUUCAAAUGAUAGCGUUGAAGGCGCACUUUGCCACAACAGUGAUUUGGAGCUCAUCUAUGCGCCCACGCUCGAUCCGGAAAAUUGUGUGCAAGGUUGCGUGCGUCGCAAGACGGUGCAAAAGGAGGGCCGUAAACCCGCUGUGGCCUCUUGGCAACGCUAUUGGCUACAGAUUUGGGCCAAUUCGCUGGUGUACUUUCCGCCCAAAUCAUUCAAAGGCAGCGAACGUAGCGACUUUAAGCGCGAACCGUGCAAAGUGUGUCCGCUCGAGGGCUGGUUCGCACAAGUCGUCGAUAAUACAAAGCAUAAAAACUCAUUUGAGCUUUAUCAUCGCACAUUGGGCACAAUCUACAAGUUUCGCACAGAUAGCGCGCAGGCGACACAGCUUUGGACCGCCUCCAUUUGCAAGGUGGCCAUGCAACGCAGCGCACCCAAACCGCUGCCCAUCAAUUUGAUGUCGUUUGAGUGAUUUCAUAUGCCAGACGAACGGGGGUGUGACAUGCUAGUGUCGGGGUGUUUGAUUGUGCUAAAAUGAAAUUACAGCAAAUGCAACGGGUAGCGGUUACUUCUAAAUGUUACAACGCCGGCGACGCGCUUCAAUGGAUUUCCAAUUGCUCUGGAAUCGUGUUCAGCAUGAAAUCCCCGCUCUAUAUACUGUGCUUGGUGUAGCUUAGUUUACAUACUCAACGCUUGUUUAAUGUUUGUUGCUUUCAUUUAACUUGUCUACAAAUCACUCGAAACAUAGCAGAAACAGCGAGCCUCAUAUGAAAGUAGGUGAGCAGACAGCACAUCAUUUUACAAACGAGAAUUAAUCCUUUAAAGACUGAUACUUGUCCGCAUAAGUGGAUGUAACGAACUCAAUGGAGACUCAGUGGAAACUCAACCGAAACUCUUUAUGGAACAAAACGAAAGCAACUUUCUUAUUGUAUGAUUACUUUAAUUUUUUUUCUUGCUAAGAAUUUCUGAAAUUGUUUACUCGAAAUUUUCAUAAAACAAUUUUGUAAGGCAUUUUAACUGUUCCUCACACAUACAUUUGUACUUAUUUAAUAAAGCAAGUGCUUGCUAAUGGUACGGAGAGAAAGGUCAGUUAAGUGUUGUUUGAAAUUAGUAUUUUUGAAAGUAAACAUUUCACAGAGAAAAAAACUUAUGUAAAUCUACAACUAAUAUGCGCAGUACAAUUUGAGCUAAUGUGAGAUUAAAAAUAUUUGUUUUUUAAGAACAAUAAUUGUAGCUGAAAAAUUAUAGAAUAGUAUAAAUUCAAAAAUUGCAGUAUAUGGUUACCGGAAAUAGCGCUAAACUCGAAUUUGAAAAAUUUUCGUGUUCAAACAUUCGCAAACUGCCUUAAAACAUUUUGUUGCCUUAAAUUAAUGUCUAUAUUACUAAUGUUUUUUGCGAGAAAGAGUUGAAUGUGAAUUUGUACUUUGGCGUUUUUGCUUUUGACCAUUGAAUCAAACUUAAAACAAUACGCGGUUUAUUUAAAAAGCUACUAAAUCUAAAUAUAGUGAAGUUUUUGUGAACCUGUAUAUGUUAUAUGUAGUUUUGAAAAGAUUUUGUAACUUUUUGUCAUACAAGGACAUCCACUAGAAUUAUAAUAGUUAUAUGCAGAUUGAAACUUAAGGCCUGUGGUAACCCAAUUUACAUUUUUUAUAAGAACUUUCUUUUUUUAUUUAUUUUUGGCUCGAAAAACUUAUUUUUGUUUUUGUUAUUUUUUUGUUUUGUUUCCUUAAAUAUUUGCGUUGCUUUUAAAACUUAAUUGAAUUAGAUUGAAAUAAAUUCUCUUGAAGUAGCCAUUAGUUGCAAUUGAAAAAUCUAUAAGAAACCUAUUUUCCACUUAAGGAAUGACUAUCUUGACAUUGCCCACACCACAUA